UGGGGGGUGGGGGGGAAAGUGUUGAGGGAGGGGGGAGGGGGGACACAGAGGGAGGAAGAAGCGGCGGCGGCAGCUCCUCUUCGCAGAGGGGGAAAACUCCGAGGGAUAAGAGCAGGAAUAAUGCGGUAGGCAAGGCGGGCUGCUCGCUCCCGGCUCCCGGCUCCGGCAGCAGCAGCGGCAGCCCGAGCAGCGGCAGCAGCAGCGGCAGCACCCCCAGCAGCUGACAGCCCCGCCGGCAGGCUCCCUCGCUGACCGCCGACUGUCAAUGGAGCUGGAAAACAUCGUGGCCAACACGGUCUUGCUGAAAGCCAGGGAAGGGGGUGGAGGAAAGCGCAAGGGGAAAAGCAAGAAGUGGAAGGAAAUCCUGAAGUUUCCUCACAUCAGCCAGUGUGAAGACCUCCGAAGGACCAUAGACAGAGAUUACUGCAGUUUAUGUGACAAGCAGCCAAUCGGGAGGCUGCUUUUCCGGCAGUUCUGCGAAACCAGGCCCGGGCUGGAGUGUUACAUUCAGUUCCUGGACUCAGUGGCAGAAUAUGAAGUUACUCCAGAUGAAAAACUGGGGGAGAAAGGGAAGGAAAUUAUGACCAAGUACCUCACCCCAAAGUCCCCAGUCUUCAUAGCCCAAGUUGGCCAGGACCUGGUCUCCCAGACGGAGGAGAGGCUCCUACAGAGGCCCUGCAAGGAAGUCUUUUCUGCCUGUGCACAGUCUGUCCACGACUACCUGAAGGGCGAACCAUUCCAUGAGUAUCUGGACAGCAUGUAUUUUGAUCGCUUUCUCCAGUGGAAGUGGUUGGAAAGGCAACCGGUGACCAAGAACACUUUCCGGCAGUACCGAGUGCUGGGAAAAGGGGGCUUUGGGGAGGUCUGUGCCUGCCAGGUCCGGGCCACGGGAAAAAUGUACGCCUGCAAGCGCUUGGAGAAGAAGAGGAUCAAAAAGAGGAAAGGGGAGUCCAUGGCACUCAACGAGAAGCAGAUCCUAGAGAAGGUCAACAGCCAGUUUGUGGUCAACCUGGCCUAUGCCUACGAGACCAAGGAUGCGCUGUGCUUGGUUCUGACCAUCAUGAACGGAGGCGACCUGAAGUUCCACAUCUACAACAUGGGCAACCCUGGCUUCGAGGAGGAGCGAGCCUUGUUUUAUGCGGCAGAAAUCCUCUGUGGCUUGGAAGACCUCCACCGGGAGGACACCGUGUACAGCUUCAGGCGUUCCGUGAGCAACACCAUCACUCGUGGAUGCAGUUGGUGUGUCACAACCCUGGCCCCGUGUGCCCUGACUCUGCCCUGCCGCCAGCUCUCUCUUACCUCCCUUCGCUCCCCCCCUCUACCCCCAGCCCCAGAGGUCCUGAACAACCAGAGAUACGGCCUGAGCCCUGACUACUGGGGUCUGGGCUGCCUCAUCUAUGAGAUGAUCGAGGGCCAGUCGCCAUUCCGGGGCCGCAAAGAGAAGGUGAAGCGGGAGGAAGUGGACCGCCGCGUCCUGGAGACGGAGGAGGUGUACUCUUCAAAGUUCUCUGAGGAGGCCAAGUCCAUCUGCAAAAUGCUGCUCACCAAAGAUGCAAAACAGAGACUGGGCUGCCAGGAGGAGGGGGCUGCUGAGGUCAAGAGACACCCCUUCUUCAGGAACAUGAACUUCAAGCGCUUAGAAGCCGGGAUGUUGGACCCUCCCUUCGUUCCAGAUCCCCGCGCCGUGUACUGCAAGGACGUGCUGGACAUCGAGCAGUUCUCCACCGUGAAGGGCGUCAACCUGGACCACACGGACGACGAUUUCUACUCCAAGUUCUCCACGGGCUCCGUGCCCAUCCCGUGGCAGAGUGAGAUGAUAGAAACCGAGUGCUUUAAGGAGCUGAACGUGUUUGGACCUAACGGUACCCUCUCGCCGGACCUGAAUAGGAAUCACCCUCCAGAACCGCCAAAGAAAGGGCUGCUCCAGAGGAUCUUCAAGCGUCAGCAUCAAAACAAUUCCAAGAGUUCACCCAACCCCAAGACCAGUUUUAACCACCACAUGAAUUCAAACCAUGUCAGUUCAAACUCCACGGGAAGCAGCUAGUUAGCGCUCUGGCCUUGAAGUCCACGGUGGGACCAGCCCUAGACCCUUGUCCUUAGAAACAGAACUUACGGACAGGGGAGCCCUCCAGGAGCCGGGGACGGAGGCCGCUCACCCCCUCGACGCAGAGCCUCCAGGUUUCUCAAAGAGAUUUCCACUCAGGUCUGUCUCCAGAGGUGGCCCUCAAGCCGAGGUGGAACAUUGCAAUAGAAAUCCAAUUGGAUACGACAAUUUGCACGUAUUUUAAUGGCGUCAUACCUAGAACUGAAUUUUGUCUUUAUUAUUUUUAAAGAAAAGUUUUGUAAAUUUCUCUAUUGUCUCA